GGAGAUUCUGCUAGAGAAAGGCCUUACAAAUGCAAUGUAUGUGGGCAGUGUUUUACCCAAAAUAUGGGACUUGUAAUUCAUAAGACACUCUGUGCUGACAAAAGCCAUUGUCAGUUGAAAGUAUCAGCAAAAUGUAUUGCUGCUUACAAACUGCCAGAUCUGAGCCAACAAGAAAUCUUUGUAGGAAAUGAGGAUUUCAUAAACCAGGAAUGUGGGACAUGUUUUGCUGACGGUUCACAAUUGAUGAGGCGCAAAAAAGUCCACACGAGAAAGAAGCCAUACCAAUGCAAGGAGUGUAAGAAAUGUUUUCCUUGGGAGUCAUCACUUCUCAGACACUGGAGUAUCCAUACAGGAAAGAAACCAUACCAGUGCCAGGAGUGUGGGAAAUGUUUUGCUCGCAGUUCAAACUUGGUGAGCCACAAUAGAGUCCACACAGGAGAGAAGCCAUACAAAUGCCAGGAGUGUGGGAAAUGUUUUGGUCACAGUUCACACUUGGUAAGUCACAAAAGACUCCACACGGGAGAGAAGCCAUACCAAUGCAAAGAGUGUGGGAAAUGUUUUGCUCGCAGUUCACACUUGGUGAUGCACAAAAGACUCCACACAGGAGAGAAACCAUACCAAUGCCAGGAGUGUGGGAAAUGUUAUGCUUCCAGUUCAGCCUUGUUGAACCACAAAAAACUCCACACAGGAGAGAAGCCAUACCAAUGCCAGGAGUGUGGGAAAUGUUUUGCUUACCGUUCUCACUUGGUGAAGCACAAAAGACUCCACACAGGAGAGAAGCUAUACCAAUGCAAGGAGUGUGGGAAAUGUUUUGCUCACAGUUCAGACUUGGUGAGCCACAAAAGAGUCCACACAGGGGAGAAGCAAUACCAAUGCCAAGAGUGUGGAAAGUUUUUUCCUUACAGUUCACACUUGGUAAGGCACAAAAGACUCCACACAGGAGAAAAGCUAUACGAAUGCCAGGUGUGUAAGAAAUAUUUUACUUGGGAGUCAUCACUUCUUAGACACAGGAGUAUCCAUACAGGAAAUAAACCAUACCAGUGCCAGGAGUGUGGGAAAUGUUUUGCUGACUGUUCAGCCUUGGUGAGCCACAAAAGACUGCACACAGGGGGGAAGCCAUACCAAUGCCAGGAGUGUGGGAAAUGUUUUGGUCGCAGUUCACCCUUGGUGAGGCACAAAAGAAUCCACACAGGAGAGAAGCCAUACCAAUGCCAGGAGUGUGGGAAAUGUUUUACUCAGAGUUCACAAUUGAUGAGGCAUAAAAAACUUCACACAGGAAAGAAAGGGUAAAAGUGCCAGGAGUGUAGAAAAUGUUUUACUCAAAAUACACCCCUUAUCGACCACUGGAGAUCCCACACAGGAGGGAAGCCAUAUCUAUGUCAUGAGAGUGGGAAAUGUUUUGCAGACAGUUCACAAUUUGCGAGCCACAAAAGACUCCACACAGGAGAGAAUCCAUACUAAUGCCUGGAGGAAUGUUUUUAGUCAAACGUUAUCCGUUAACAAGCAACAGUGAAUACAAACAGGCUACAAACAGCCUUUGUGUGUAAACAUCUGAUUUCAAACAGGACUGUUUGAGAAGUUCUGCUUAAGACUUGGUAAAGUCCCCUUUCUUGUCAUUUGAAUCUUUAAGUUUGAGGUCUUGUUCUGGAGCAGCAGAAACAAGCUCCCUUUGACAAUCCUUCAGAGAGUUAAAUAUGAUUGUCAUGUCACCUAUUCUGG